AUGGCCGACGUCAUCGGCGACCAUCCAGACCUCUCUGAGCUGGCUCAGUCGCCUUCUCCUGGUCAGAAACGCAAGCGCGACAUGUCGGAAUCCACAAGUCCCGGUCGUGCCAAGCGUACCAGUGCCGGACCUGACACAGAUACCACUGCUUUCAUCGAAAAUGCUAUCGAAGCUGCUAAUGCUGCAGCUGCCAACGGUGUAAAUGUUGCCGACUUCAGCGCUCUUCAGCAGGCAGCUGCAGCAGAGCACUCUGAGGCCGCUGACCCGGCCAACGCUUCUAGCACUGCCGCUGCUGCCCUCGGAAUGUAUCCCACUCUUCAUGUUCCUCCCUCGACAGAAGAACAGUUCGCUGCGCAGACCAGCAAUGAGCCGACUCACCAGGACCAUACCUUUGGCCACGCCGAUGUAUCGCCUCCCGACGGACUCAUGUCUUCCCUGCCAACUGUCCCUCAGCCCACCAAUGGUGUUCAAGGUGUCCCGCCUCAGCAACCUCACCAGGCGCACCAGCCUCCCCAACCCCAACAGCCUCAGCACCGUUACUCCACUGGAUCGGUCGGCGCCCCGACUAAGAAGCCAGAUGUUGGCUCAGAGGAGUGGCACAAGAUGCGUAAGGACAACCACAAGGAGGUGGAGCGUCGUCGUCGUGAGACCAUCAAUGAGGGCAUUAAUGAGCUGGCCAAGAUUGUACCCAACUGUGAGAAAAACAAAGGAUCCAUCCUUCAGCGUGCCGUUACCUUCAUCAACCAGCUCAAAGAGAACGAGACGCAGAACAUCGAAAAGUGGACUCUUGAAAAGCUGCUUACGGAGCAGGCUAUAGCAGAGCUCAGUGCCUCGAAUGACAAGCUUAAGCAAGAGUGCGAACGACUUUACAAGGAACUUGAGACAUGGAAACGGGUUGCCCAGAAUGCCGGCCUCUCGUAUCCUCAGGCGAACAAGGAGGAACCAGCUGCCACGACUUAG